UGAAGACAGAAGAACAUUAGUGGAACAUAAUGUGGGUGUGUACAGCAAGCACGAUGUGGGCGGGGCCUGCGUUACCCAGACGCCCGUACGUCGUGACGUAUGACGUAGCCAUAGCCGACAGCUGCUCGGGAUUCGGGUCGCUGACUGGAUGACGUUUGAGAUUUUGUGGAGAAAAAUCAUAAUGACUUUAACUCAAAUGGCUUUCUUUUGGAAAAAGAGUUCGUCGAUGUCAUUAAUUCAUCAGGAAUAGGAGCAGAUAUUGUCGUUUUACACACCGUUUAUCUCUUUACAGCUGAGCCUGAUUUCCCAGGUGGCUUUGCUGCACGGCGUUAAAGGAGCAGAAUGAGCGGGGCGGCACUGGGCAUCGAGAUAGUGGUGGUGUUUUUUCUGGCUCUUUUCCUCCUGCAUCGGUAUGGAGACUUUAAGAAGCAGCAGCGCAUGGUUCUGUUUAGCACGCUGCUUGCCUGGUACCUGUGCUUCCUCAUCGUCUUCAUCCUCCCUCUGGACGUCAGCACGACAAUUUAUAGACAGUGUGUGAGCAGCCACCAGGCUCCUACUCCAGGACCUCAGAUCUCCAACCAGACGACAGGGAAUGCAACCGUGGCACCCACGAUUAGCAUUGCAACAGUGUGUCACAAGCCAUGGAGCUACAUCCCUGAAGGGAUCAUGCCUGUCUUCUGGAGGGUUGUGUACUGGACCUCACAAUGUCUUACAUGGCUUCUUCUGCCCUUUAUGCAGUCGUACGCCCGCUCAGGAGGCUUCUCCAUCACGGGAAAGAUAAAGACCGCGCUCAUCGAGAACGCCAUCUACUACGGAACCUACCUGUUUAUAUUUGGCUCCCUGCUCAUCUACGUAGCUGUACAUCCUCAGUGGAGUCUGUCCUGGUACGAGCUGCAGACGAUCGGCAUCACAGCAGCCAACACUUGGGGUCUCUUCCUGUUGGUGCUGCUGAUGGGCUACGGUCUGGUGGAAAUCCCACGCUCUUACUGGGAAGCGUCUAAACGAGGACAUCUGCUCAUCAAGACUUAUUUCAAAGCAGCUAAACUGAUGACAGAGAAAGCAGACGCAGAGGAGAACCUGGAGGAUGUCAUGGAGGAGGUGAGGAAAGUGAAUGAGUCUAUAAAAUAUAACCACCCCUUCAGGAAGUAUGUUGAUACCAUCCUUAGAAAGUGUCCUGUUGAAUAUCAGGAGAAGAUGGGCAAGAAUAUGGAUGACUAUGAAGAUUUUGAUGAUAAACAGAACACGUAUCCCAGUGAAAGGAGUUUGGUCAAGCUUCACAAGCAGGUGAUUUAUGCUGUGCAGAGACACAAUCGUACACAGGUACAGUGGCAGAUUCUUCUCGAUCAAGCCUUUCACCUGGAAGACGUGGCGAAAAACGAGACCAGCUCAUCUCACCAGUUCGUCCACAGCUUUGCACCAACCGAACCUACAAGUUGGUUUACCCGCUACGUCUUCACACCAACUGCAGAGUGGUAUUGGGAAUGUUUCCUGAAGCAGUGGUUUUAUCGUGUGUUGGCUGUGGUCUUGUCCCUCUUCUCCGUGGCUGUGGUCUGGUCUGAGUGCACCUUCUUCAGCACUCGGCCUGUCCUCUCUCUCUUCGCUGUGUUUAUCCAGCUCGCAGAACGAGAUUACAACUACCUGUACAUCGAGAUGGCAUGUUUCAUCACAAUUUUCUUCCUGUGCACUUGCGUGUACUCCACUGUGUUUCGAAUCCGUGUUUUCAACUACUACUACCUGGCCUCACACCACCAGACAGACGCCUACAGCCUGCAGUUCAGUGGCAUGCUUUUUUGCCGUUUGACUCCUCCCCUUUGCCUGAACUUCCUCGGCCUGAUCCACAUGGAUUCUGCUAUCUCUCACCAAGCAAAAGAGCAGACAGCCUACACUUCAAUCAUGGGGUCAAUGCGUGUCCUGUCCUUUAUCGCCAACGGAUUUUACAUCUACUAUCCCAUGCUGAUAGUCAUCCUCUGCAUUGCAACUUACUUCAGCCUUGGUACCCGCUGUCUGAACCUCCUGGGCUUCCAGCAGUUUAUGGGAGAAAAUGAGAUGACCUCUGACCUUAUCGACGAGGGCAGGGAGUUACUGCGCAGAGAGAGAAGAAAACGGCAAAGGAUAGAGGACGGGGAGAACAGAAGGAGAGAGUGGCGUGAGCGCUACAGCCAUCAGAGAGAAGAAACAGGAGCAAGAAACAGGGCCCCUGCCUCGGAAAUGAAGGAAACCAGUUACGCUGACACACUCAACUCCAGCUCAAACAAACAGGUUAAAUACUCACGCGGCGGAGGCACUCGCUCUGAAAGAGACCGCAUAGAGCUCCUGCAGGACGCAGAGCCUCUGGACUUCAACGCAGAAACAGUCACUGACAACCCACUAGAGACCAACAGGCAUGCUGGAGGACGGUAUCUCUCCAUGUCCUCCUCACAGAGCAGAAUCUUUGAUGAUGUGUGAAGACCUUCUGACAGGAGAAGAGCAGAAAGGAAGCUGGAGUUAUCUUCUGCUCAUUCUGUCAUGGCGUAAGGAGACAUCGGCCUUUAUAUCCUUCAUGAAUGUAGAAUGUUACAUUAUGCUGAAAAUGCACAACAGUAAUGGAUCCUCAUGUUAUAUCCUUGAAUGGAGAGCAUGUAUCUACUAAAAACCCAGUUCCAGUUCUGUUUCUAUGCUCCUCCUCAACUUCCUGUCUCUUUGGGUGAAUGUUAAUGGACCCUUCUAUUACUUAUUAUUAUUAUUAUUAUUCUUAAGGAGAAGGAACUUACCCAGAAGGCAUUGCGAUCUGACCUUUUCAGACUAGCAAAAAUCAGCAGAACAAGGUGUUUAUAUAUUUAAGUAAACAGGAACAAUGAAAUAUUUCAGAUUUCACGUUUGCUUAUUGCUUCACAUUGGGAUUUAUGUUUCUCGCUAGCUUGUUACCUAGUUGGCUUUGUAUAUAAUUCAAAGAACUUUGUGCAAAUAGCCACAGAAAUCAGUGCUCAUUGUUUUGGCUACCAAAGGCAGAUCCAGAUUUUCACAUUGGCAAAACAUCAAAGGUCUACUGUGUAUAUAUAAAUAUAUAAAUAUUGGUGCAAAAUGAAUGGCUGUGUAGUGGCAUUACUGUCUUUGUGCUCAUAGUUGCUUCAUAGUUUCUGAAUCUAAACAGAUUUGGUUAAAAUACCUACAACACAGGCUCCAGAAAAAAAGAUCACAAGUUUGAAUACCAAUGAUGCCUCAGCCAUCAAUGUGGAAGAGAAGGUAGCACUUUCCUUUAAGGGGUCAGAGUCUCAUGGUUGGCUUUGUUGGUCUCAGAGGAAGCAUGUGCUAGCCUUGAGCCUUCCGGGUGCUGGAUGUUGUGGUUGUUAUGAAUGUACAGAUGACCAGAGUGCAGACAAAAUGAGGACUACAGUGUUGAUUUAAUCAUCAUGAGCUACAUAUGAUUGAUGAACCUCUUCGUGAAGGGAUUUGUAGUAUCAAAAAAGCAGCAUGGAUAUUUCUUCUCUUUACAUACAAAGACGCUUUUUUUCAGCUGGACAAUAACUGUAGAAACCUGAAUGACCUGAGUAUUACACAUCAUCACAGACAUGAUGCAGUUAAUACCGAAAUGUCAAAUUUAUUUCGACUGCUUUUACUUACUUUUACGUAGACGUGCUGUGGAAUUUUAUUCCUGGCUUUUACGCAAACUCAGCACUUCAUGCUUGGAAAAAUGUCGCCUGGUUGUAGCUAAAAACCACCUCAAGCUUGAGCAUUGUGAGAUGCUUUUAUGCUCAGCGUGCUUGUAAAGAGCGCUUAUUUAUGCUACUAUAAUCUUCCUGCCAGCUCCAGUGUCAGAGUCUGGCCAUUCUCCUGUGAGCUCUCUCAACCGCAACACAUUUCCACAUUCACAGUACUACAGCUUGGAUGUUUCUGAAAAGCUCAAAGCAGCUGUCUGGCACUAACAACUAUACCACAGUCAGUGACAUCGCAUUUAUCUCCAUUCUAGCUCUUGACCUGUAUCUGCAUGACGUUCUACAUUGUACUGCUGUCGCAUGACGGUUUAACAGAUGUUCCUAGUGCCGUGGCUGAGAAGCGGAUAAUGACCAUGAUAAGCUCACUGUAUUUAACCCCUUUAGGUUUCCAUGACUUUAUUUAGGUGAAUUCAACAGUCUCACAUCAUAGAUGAUUUGUAAUUAGUUACAGAUGUAUAUUUUGACAUAUUAUUAAAAAAAUAAUAAUAUAUACAGUGUUUUUAAGUGCUUAGGUCAGCGGUGUCCAAUCUUAUCCACAAAGAACUGGUGUGGGUGCAGGUUUUCAUUCCAACCAAGCAGAAUCCACACCUGAGUCCACUUGUUUAAUCAGCUGUUCUUGGCUUUUAGUAGACACUGGUGUGGCUUCUGCUUGGUUGGAAUGAAAACCUGCACCCACACCGGCUCUUUCCAGAUAAGACUGGACAGCACUGGCUUAGGUGAACAAUGAAGGGUAGCCUAAGUUAGGGAUGUGGUAGCCUAGUGGUCAAGGUGUUGGGCCACCAAUUGGAAGGUUGUGAGUUCGAAUCCCAGGUCCACCAAGCUGCCACUGCUGGGCCUCUAAACAAAACCCUUAACGCUCAGUUGUAUAAAAUGAAAUGUAAGUCUCUCUGGUUAAGUCUGCUAAAUUCUGGAAAAGUAAAUAAACUGGAAUAAAGUUUUGAGUCGUCUCCCAUGAACAGAGGUUUAGAAUAGACAUCAUGUGGAGGAAAUUUAUGUUUAAGGAACUACAAGAAACUGUAGAUAGUGAAAUAUGUUUUAAUUUAAUAUUCUGUCCAUUUAAAAGGUUUCCAGUCUACAUAUGAAAGCACACCUGCACAUGCAAAAAUUAAACCUAAUAUUUAUUCUCUUUAAAUGCCGUGCUCAGUAAAUACGAGUGUAUUUAUUUUUGUGCACCGUGCAGAUGGCUUGUGGCCGGAGCGAAACUCCCAAAUUAACUUUGCCAGGUGCAGAGUUUAAAGUAGAACCACACACUCACCAGUAUAUAUAUUAUAUUAGGUUUCUGUUAUCAGUCUCAAUGGGAAAGACAUGUUGUUUAAUGACUUUAAUUUUUAAUGUCAGUGUUUGUUGUUUGUCCCAGUUUUUUUUGUAAUAUGAUUAUGAUGGUAUAUUGCUUGUUUGAACAGAACAGUGAAUAAGUGACCUUAUUUUAUGAAGAAGGAGAAAAGGAAGCAUUAUUUCACCUGCCAUUCAUUACUGCACUGCCAUCCUGAAUGCAAGAGAAAUUCAGACUACUGUGGCUUUUUUUGAUAAUACAUGAAGCAUAAUAAUUAAUGAUCAUUAGCUUCAUUUUCAGUCUGCAUUUUUAUUGUUUUAUUUUUUCCUCACUCUGAGGCUUAAUCGAUUAAUGACAGUCAGCAUGUGGUUAGGGAAGAUUAUAAAGUCAUGCACAAGCAUGAAUAUUACCUCAAUUUUUUCAAUUACCUUCAAUGUAAAUCGUCAUCUUUACUGUUGAUGUUUCAGUGAGGACUCUGGGCAAAUUUUUUCUUUUAAAUCUCAAUGUAUAUGUAAAAUUAAAUAUAAAUCACUGCAUUCACAUUUACUGGAUAUUUUUCCUCGUUUCACUCCUUAAAGGAAUAGUUUAGUGAAAAUACACAUUCAGGCAACUUUUCAGAUUAGAUCAGUUUUAGACCUUCUGAGUGUUGCACUAGAUUUGAAAACCCCAAAGCCAAUGUUUUGGCUAACAAGUAAUAGAAGACUCUCACCCAUAACGUUUGUGUCAAACCACCAGCAGUCUUCAGCGAUGUGGGUUAGGACACAGUGGCACUGUAACCCAGUGCUCACACUAUCGAGUGACACGUGAUUUGUGUGUGCAACUGUACAACAAAUAGCAUUUUAACUGAGAUAUUUUACCUUAAAUCAACAACUCCUCAAAACAAAAUUCCUCAAACUAAUCCUAUAGUAUGAUCCAUUUCUAUUCCCCACUCACACCUUCAGUUCUUACCUGCAGUUAAUUCCUAUAUAUAAUGACACCCAUAAAGAGCUGAAAAAUAGAAUCACUUUUUCAUCUCAUAUAUGAACCUUCAUUAAACGUGUAAAGAGAUAUCACGAAUGUACGUCUUCUACAAAGAAAUCAUUUCUCCUUUUUUACUGUUUUGAUGUCAACAACCAAGACAACAACCACCACCAAAUUUUCACUUUCUAUUGUGAACAUAGGGUUACUGUUAUUGAGUCAUCAAAUAAUACAAUUUAUAAUGCAAAAAAAUUUGGGGCAUUUUGGUGUCUUUUGCCCUCCAGGUCCCUGCUUCCCAAACAAUGAGAGCAGAAUUUACCAAAAACUAGAAGUUAUACAGAUCCAGUUCCUCAAAAUCAUAUUUAAAACCUACUAAAUCAUUCACACGUUAUUGUUUGAAAUAGUUUUUUUCAUUAAACUGCUCCUUUAACUCUGUGAAUACAGUGGUUCGGUGUAUAUUUAUGAAAAUGUUUCUGGAUUUUUUUUAUUUAUUUAUUUAUAGAAUCAAUAAGGCAAUGAUCAUGUCAGUGACUGAUUUAAGUGCGCAAUGUGAAUUGAAGUCCAAACGUCCUGAUGCUGGAUAAUUGUGAUUUGUUACCUGAUGUUGGUCCUCAGUUUUUUCACUAGCAGGACACACCUUAGAAACACUAACUGUAAUAGACUCCAUUGACUCUAUUGAAAUUGCCAAUAAAAGCUCAAAUAAAAUCUUACAACUGUA